AUUCCAGGGCAGGAAAUUGUUUGGUUUUAUGGAGUGAAAUAACCGUCACACGGACGAGCCCCGCGAUUAAUCCGGUCUGAUAGUGGUGACGAGUCAUUAAUGAUCUUUUUAUUGCUGAUCAGUCGGGUUAAAGAAAAAAAAAAAAGACCUUCUGUGUGUGUGUGUGUGUGUGUUAGUGAGUGUGUGUGUGUGCAUGCUGCUGUAAUCAUUGCCCUCCGCCUGACACUCUGGACCCACCAUGGAGCCUGACAGGAUAACGGGCACUCUGAUCGUGGCCGUGUUCACCGCUGCUUUAGGGUCCCUGCAGUUCGGCUACAGCCUGGGAGUCAUCAACGCCCCCCAGCAGAUCAUCCAGGCUCACUAUGGGCGGUCACUCGGGGUGUGGACGGAGCGGGCGGCGGUGCUGUCCGACAACAGCACGGACGAGGGGCACCAGGAGGAGGGGGUCCACCCCUCCGUACUCAUGUACUGGUCGCUCUCGGUGGCCAUCUUCUCCAUUGGGGGGAUGCUGUCCUCCUUCCUGGUGGGGUUUGUGAGCGACCUGAAAGGCAGGGUGAAGGGAAUGCUGAUGAUCAACGUGCUAGCUGUCACCGCCGGACUUCUGAUGGCCUUCUGCAAACUCUGGAGACCUCACAUCAUGGUCAUCUCAGGCCGCGCCAUCAUGGGCUUCUACUGCGGUCUGACGACCGGACUUGUGCCGAUGUACAUCGGGGAGAUCGCCCCGAAGUCCUACCGAGGUGCGCUGGGAACGCUCCACCAGGUGGCCGUCGUCACCGGCAUCUUGCUGAGUCAGGUCAUCGGACUGGAGUUCAUCCUCGGCAACGACGACUGGUGGCCCCUCUUGCUGGGUCUCUCCGGGGCCCCCGCCGUGCUGCAGAGCCUGUUGCUGCCGCUGUGCCCCGAGAGUCCACGGUACCUCUACAUCACCCGCGGCCACGUGGAUGACGCUCGGAGGAGUUUGUCCCGACUGAAGGGGCCGCGUGACCCGAGUGCUGAUCUGGAGGAGAUGAAGCGGGAGAAAGAGGAAGCAGACAGGGAGCCCAGAGUUUCUAUCUUCUCCUUGAUCCGCUCCUCUGUGUACAGACAACAGUUGGUCGUGGCUCUGAUGAUGCACCUCUCUCAGCAGCUGUCAGGCAUCAACGCAAUCUUCUACUAUUCCACGGCCAUCUUCCAAGGUGCUGGAGUGGGUCAGCCAGUGUACGCCACCAUCGGUGUCGGAGUCAUCAACGCCUUCUUCACCCUGGUGUCUGUGACCUUGGUGGACAAGGCGGGGCGACGGACUCUGAUCCUGGUGGGCCUGGGAGGCAUGUGCUGCUGCGCCGUCGCCAUGACCGUGGGGCUGAAGUUCCUGCAUGAUUACUCGUGGAUGAGCUACGUCAGCAUGUCGUCCAUCUUCCUCUUCGUGAGCUUCUUCGAGAUCGGCCCCGGGCCCAUCCCGUGGUUCAUCGUGGCCGAGCUCUUCGGUCAGGGACCUCGACCGGCGGCCAUCGCUCUGGCCGGCUGCUGCAACUGGACCAGCAACUUCAUCAUCGGCAUGACCUUUCCCUACAUCCAGCAAUGGCUGGGCACCUACGUCUUUGUCCUCUUCGCCGUGCUCCUCCUCGGCUUCACCGUCUUCACUUACUUACGAGUGCCUGAGACCAAAGGAAAGUCCUUUGAGGAGAUCGCUGCCAUCUUCCAGAAUAGGCGGAAGAAGAGGCGGAAGAAGAGCUUAGUGAACGGCGCCGAACUGGAACAUCUCAAAGCAUCGACAGACGCUUGACUCCGGAGCAGGCUUCUCUGCAGGUUGUGUAUCUGUGUUUACCUCUGUUUCUCUAUCAGUGUUACAUAGACAAGUGAAUCAUCUACAGAACCUUAUAAACAGGGGUCAUCAUGCACAAUAUAUCUAUAGAUGUGUUGACAUACAUUUUCAUAUCUGCUCUUUACACCACUCACUGCACAGACUGGGAACUCAAUUGAACUCAACUUAAACCUUUUAUUAAAAAGUGGAGGAGAAUAAAACGUCAUCACAUGCAAAGCAACAACCAGCGGUGUAAAAAUGUAUUCACUGAAUAAAGUUUGUUUCCCCCCCAAACAAAA